ACACGCCACUUAGACUUUGGCCUACUAGUCAAGAGGAAUUAUAACUCUUAUGGGGAGAUCAAGGUUCAAUCCUUAUCCUUGAAGUUGCAAUUUAGUAUAAAUAUAAAUAUAAAUAUAAAUGAUACUGGCACCAUACCUAGCAUAACCAACAUUUUCGAUAAAGUGUACCAGUGCCAAGUUUUGAUCUAAAAGGUCAAAGUGGUCAAACUACUAUGAAUCUUAAUUCAUAACCAAGAAUCUGGAGCAACAUUUCUCCGUCAUGUAAGUCCUCCAUUGCGAUUCACCACCAACAUAUUUCGACACCGAACAAAACUUUCAGGGCACCAAUGCCACACUGUUCACAACCACCGGAAAACACAGCACACAACCCGAUGAAUUUCGUUCAUCUCAUACGAUCUUUCACCAACGCAACCUCAUCUCCCAAAGCCAGAGCAGUCCACGCAAUGCUCAUAAAAUCUUGGACUAUCCCAGAUGUUUAUACCCACAACCAUUUGAUCACAAUGUACUGCAAAACUGACGGCAUUAAAGAUGCACGCAAGGUGUUCGAUAAAAUGCCUCAAAGAAAUAUUAUAUCCUGGACCACCCUGGUUUCAUCAUAUUCCCAACUGGGUAUGGCAGUUGAGGCUUUGACAUGUUUUAGAUCAAUGGUGAAUGAUGGUUUUGUCCCGAAUUAUUACACGUAUGUAAGCGCGUUAUCGUCGUGUGCUACGUUAAGGGAUUUAAGAACUGGGAAAGAAGUUCAUGCUAGGAUGUUGAAGUUUGAGGAGAAGUUGAAUAGCUUUGUGGAGAAUUCUUUGGUUAAUUUUUAUGGGAAAUGUGGGAUGUUGAAGAAUGCGUUGUCUGUUUUCGAUUCGAUUUUGGACCCGAACGAGGUUACUUGGACUUCGCUUGUGUCGUGCGCGUGUCAAUGUGGCGAAAAUCUUGAAGGGCUAAAGAUUUUCGUGAGAUCACAUAAAGCAGCGGUGAAAGUUAACGAAUUCGCUUGUGCGAGUGUGUUGGGUGCGUGUGCUGCUUUGGAGAAUAUAAAGCUCGGUUCACAAUUACAUUCGUAUGCGGUAAAAAGUGGAACGCGAAUGGACCAGUUUGUUGUGACUGGUUUGGUUAACCUCUAUGCCAAAUGUGGUAUCAUAAACUCGGCUCAUCGGGCUUUUAGCGAGUCUAAAAACCCUCACUUAACCGCCUGGACCGCGCUAAUUGGCGGUUACGUUCAACAAGGAAAAAGUAAAGAAGCCGUUAAUCUUUUUAGUCGAUUACAUGCUUCGGGUGAUAAUCAACCAAAUGAAAGAACAUUUGCUACUGUAUUCGGAGCAUUCGUUGAUGCGAACGAAUUCGGGAAACAACUCCACUCGUUAAUCAUAAAAUUUGGUUACAUAUCGUUUACAGUAAUCGGUAACUCAGUUAUGGAUUUCUAUUUCAAAUCUAGCCUUAUUACCGAAGCUUUGAAAGUUUUCGAAGAAAUGAAUGAACACGAUGUCGUCACAUGGAAUGCGCUAAUAUCGGGGCAUAUGAACUCGGGUUUUUACGAAAAAGCAGUCGAAUAUCUUCGUGAAAUGUUAUCAAAAGGAUUCGAACUAAAUCUUUACUCUUAUUCAAGCAUUUUAAACAUUUGCGGUGAUCUACCUGCUAUCGAAUGGGGUAAACAAACACAUUGUUGCAUCGUAAAACUAAAGAUCGAUUCAAAUGUUGUGGUUGGUAGCGCUCUAAUCGACAUGUACGCAAAAUGCGGUCGAUUAUCAAAUGCACGUGUAGUAUUCGAUACCUUUAGUUUCAAGAAUAUCGUUUCUUGGAACACAAUGCUCGUGGGAUACGCGCAUCAUGGUCACGGUGAAAAAGCUUUAGAGAUUUACAACAUGAUGUUGGAUCAUGGAGUAAAACCGAAUGACAUUACGUUUAUCGGUGUGUUAUCCGCUUGUGGUCAUUCGGGUCUUUUACAAGACGGGUUAUAUCACUUCGGUUCCAUGACUAAAGAUUAUGGGAUAACCCCAAGAACCGAUCAUUUAGCGUGUAUGGUUAAUUUAUUUUCGCGUAAAGGGUUAACAAAGUUGGCGUACGAUUUUAUAAACAAUUUUCCCGCAAAACCCGAUAAGGUGGUGUGGAGGUGUCUUUUAUCGGGGUGUAAAAAGAACAAAGAUUUCGAUUUGGGGAAAUAUGCGGUGGAGAAAAUACUUAGUAUUGAUCCGGAUGAUGUUUCGGCGCAUAUUACGUUGUCGAAUAUUUAUGCGGAAUCGCGAAAGUGGGAUGAGAUAGUGAAAAUUAGGAAACUUAUGAAGGAAAAGGUGUUGAAAAAGGAAACAGGUUAUAGUUGGAUUGAGUUGAUGAAUAGAACGUAUUUGUUUUCGUCGGGUCAAGAUGAGGGGAAUCGAGUAUUUGAAGUUUUGAACGGGUUGACUGAGCAGUUGUUUGAUGAAGGAUACGUGCCCGAUGGUGUGAUCUAAUCGGUCUGGUGGCAAGUUUGUGUUUGGCGGAAAGUCCCGGUUUUGAUAGGCGUUGAAUUCAUCAUGGAGCUCCUCGAUUCUGUCCGAAAAAAUGGACACUGUGAAGAACAGGUAAAAGGCUAUAGGAGGCGUUGUGUUCUUGUUGACUUGCUGGAGACUUUGGUUAUACCGUAACAAAAGAGGCUAUCAAAACAGACUUCCUUUUGGUGGAUGCAAAACAGAGCCAAGUUAAAAACUUUUGCUGUUCCUUUUGCUGGAUGAGUUUUAAUAUUGUUGGUUUAUGAUGUUUUGUGUCUUCCUUUUGCUGUUCUUCAUCAUUUUGGAUAGGGGUGUGAAUUACCGACACGAUCUGAAAACACGACCCGAACCUAGCAGGAAAUUCGCGGGUUUAGGUUUAGUCUAAACGGGUUCGGGUCAGUUUCAGGUUGAACCCGUGAACCCGUUAACGGGCCGGGUUUGUGUAAGACCCUUAAUCCAUUUAUACGAUUUACAUAUAAAUAUCGACUAUGAUAGUGUAUUAAUGAUUUCUCAUACACUUGGAAAUACGAGUUUGUUAAACGAUUCUAAGGAAUAAAACAUUUUAAUAUUUUAUAUUAA